CCAGAACCCUCGCCCGCCUUCUCUUUCUUUCCUUCUUUUGGAGGCCAACGCCAACGCCAAGGCUAACCUACCCCUCCUACAGCCGCCGCCGUCCCCAAAACCCUAGCUAGACCCCAGCGCAGUCCCGGCAGAGGCAGCCAUGGCCACCAUCCCCACCACCGAUUCCGCCCUCCUCCUCGGCUCAUCCGCUCUCCACAGGGCCGCCAGGACCAGGCGGGCCUCGGCGGCCCGGCUGCCCGGAGCCAACCGCCGUCGCCCCCAGGCCCUGGUGCGCGCGUCCGCCAAGGAGAUCGCCUUCGACCAGGGCUCCAGAGCCUCCCUCCAGGCCGGCGUCGAGAAGCUCGCCGCCGCAGUCGGCGUCACCCUCGGACCCAGAGGAAGGAAUGUUGUCUUGGAUGAGUUUGGAACCCCCAAAGUGGUCAAUGACGGAGUUACCAUUGCUCGUGCUAUUGAGCUCGCUGAUCCCAUGGAGAAUGCUGGUGCCUCAUUGAUUCGUGAAGUUGCUAGCAAGACAAAUGACUCGGCUGGUGAUGGGACCACAACUGCGUCCGUUCUCGCCAGGGAGAUCAUAAAAUUGGGUAUGUUGAGUGUUACUUCAGGGGCAAACCCGGUCUCUAUUAAGAAGGGCAUUGAUAAGACUGUUCAAAAAUUGGUGGAGGAACUUGAGAAGAAGUCCAGGCCUGUGAAGGGUGGCGGAGAUAUUAAAGCUGUUGCUGCUAUAUCAGCUGGAAAUGAUGAAUUCGUUGGGACCAUGAUCGCCGAAGCUAUUGACAAGGUUGGUCCUGAUGGUGUGCUCUCAAUUGAGUCGUCGUCAUCAUUUGAGACCACAGUUGAAGUUGAAGAAGGGAUGGAGCUUGACAGAGGAUAUAUCUCCCCUCAGUUUGUCACCAACCCUGAGAAAUCAACUGUGGAGUUUGAAAAUGCUCGAAUUCUCGUCACUGACCAGAAGAUAUCAUCGAUAAAAGAAAUCCUUCCUUUGUUGGAGCAAACUACACAGCUAAGAGCACCACUUCUAAUAAUUGCAGAGGAUGUAAGUGGUGAGGCUUUGGCAACUUUAGUUGUCAACAAGCUUAGAGGAAUCCUAAAUGUGGCUGCAAUCAAAGCUCCUGGUUUCGGUGAGAGGCGUAAAGCUCUUCUUCAAGACAUUGCUAUUGUUACCGGUGCUGAAUAUCAAUCCAAAGAUCUUGGCUUACUAGUUGAGAAGACAACAGUGGAGCAGCUGGGCAUAGCUCGCAAAGUGACGAUCUCCAGCUCGUCGACGACAAUUAUAGCAGAUGCUGCAAGCAAAGAUGAUAUCCAGGCCAGAAUUGCACAGCUGAAGAGAGAGCUUUCUCAGACGGACUCGACAUAUGACUCUGAGAAGCUUGCGGAGAGAAUCGCAAAGCUUUCUGGUGGAGUUGCUGUGAUAAAGGUUGGCGCCUCAACUGAGGCGGAGCUUGAGGACCGCAAGCUCCGCAUAGAGGAUGCAAAGAAUGCAACUUUUGCAGCCAUCGAGGAAGGUAUUGUACCUGGAGGGGGUGCAGCCUAUGUUCAUCUAUCAACAUUUAUACCGGCUAUCAAGGAGAAGUUGGAUGAUCCUGAAGAGCGCCUUGGUGCUGAUAUCAUUCAGAAGGCCCUUGUAGCACCUGCAGCACUGAUUGCGCACAAUGCUGGGGUUGAAGGUGAGGUGAUUGUAGAUAAAAUCAAGGAGAGCGAAUGGGAGUAUGGUUACAACGCCAUGGCUGACAAGCAUGAGAACUUGGUAGAGGCUGGUGUGAUUGACCCUGCCAAGGUAACGAGAUGCGCCCUGCAGAAUGCCGCGUCCGUUGCUGGAAUGGUGCUGACCACCCAGGCUAUUGUCGUGGAGAAGCCGAAGAAGAAGGCUCCCGCAGCUGCUGGGGCACCUGAGGGUUCAUUUGCCAUGUAAUGCCAGAAUAAAUUUUACUAGGCUAGGGGGUGUGGGCGUGCAAAUCAUUUGAGCAAGGGGGGAGAGAGGGAACUGGAAUCUGUGUGUCUUGAUCUGUUGCCAAAGCUGAUAAACUCAUUUACCAUCUUGAAUUGUUUCGCUAAGCUGGCGGAGUGGGCAAAUAAGAAUAAUAAAUUUAAUCGGUUUGGUUCA